AUGGCUGUUGGUAAAAACAAAAGAUUGAGUAAAGGUAAAAAAGGUCUUAAGAAGAGAGUUGUUGAUCCAUUCACCAGAAAAGAAUGGUUUGAUAUCAAAGCUCCAUCAACUUUCGAAAACAGAAACGUUGGUAAAACUUUAGUCAACAAAUCAACUGGUUUGAAAAACGCUGCUGACGCUUUAAAAGGUCGUGUUGUUGAAGUUUCAUUAGCUGAUUUACAAGGUUCAGAAGAUUACUCUUUCAGAAAUGUUAAAUUAAGAGUUGAUGAAGUUCAAGGUAAAAACUUGUUGACCAACUUCCACGGUAUGGACUUCACUUCAGAUAAAUUAAGAUCAUUAGUUAGAAAAUGGCAAACUUUGAUUGAAGCCAAUGUUACUGUUAAAACUUCAGAUGACUACGUUAUCAGAGUUUUCGGUAUUGCCUUCACCAAACGUCAAGCUAACCAAAUCAAAAAAACUACUUAUGCUCAAUCAUCUCACAUCAGAGCUAUCAGAAAAGAAAUGGUUAACAUCAUCACCAAAGAAGUUCAAAACUCCACUUUAGCUCAAUUAACUUCAAAAUUGAUUCCAGAAGUUAUUGGUCGUGAAAUGGAAAAAGCUACCAAAGGUAUUUUCCCACUACAAAACGUUCACAUCAGAAAAGUUAAAUUAUUAAAACAACCAAAAUUUGAUUUAGGUUCAUUAUUAGCUUUACACGGUGAAGCUUCAUCUGAAGAAAAAGGUAAAAAAGUUGCUGGUGGUUUCAAAGAUGAAAUUUUAGAAACUGUCUAA